AUGGCGGCCCCUUCACAGCAGGUCGGCGACGCCAUGAGCAGCUCGACACUCGACGGCUUCGUGUCAAAGGAGCAAGCGUGCGAGCGGCUUGAGCAGGGCCUGCUGGCCGCCGCAGGCCUCAUCAUCAACGAGGCCUUUUUCUCGAAGCGGACGAUCCAGCUGCGAACGGCGCGGCUGUUCAAGCAGCAAAAGUUCAAUCUGCUGCGAGAGGAGAACGAGGGCUACUCGGGCCUCAUUGUCGAGAUCACGCGCGGGAUAGGGCCACCCAUUGUUGCGGCGUACGCCGACGAGGGCGCGGCCGAGGGAGCCGCACCGCCCGCGCGGCCAGACUCGCCAGUGAUGGUGGUGGAGCAGGAAUCGCCGCUGGAGCGCAACCGGAGGGCGGCGAGGGUGAUGAACAACAUCCAGGCGCUCAUCGGCUACUUUGACCUCGAUGCCAACCGCGUCCUCGACAUCAUGCUCGACGUCUUUUCGACCAACGUCGUCCACCACUACCCCUUCUUCCUCAGCCUCCUCGCGGCGUCGCCGUGGGGCAAGGAUCGGACGGUGAACGAGGCCGGCACAGGGGCGGGCGGCGAGGCCAUGGACGUCGACGGCGACGGCGCAAAGUCUCGCUUCGGCACCGUCGACGUUGGCCUGGGCGCCGAGCGGGGCAACAAGACCUGCGCCCACGUCCUCGGCUUCAAGUUUGCCCACUAUUGCAGUCAGGAGGUCCGGGACGCCGUGCCCGAGGACCUCUACUACAUGGCGGCGCUGCUGGUGCACGAGGGCUACGUGCGGCUGUCGGACCUCUUUUCCCACCUCUCGCCGGGCGAGGAGGGCAUGACGCAGCUGCAGGGCAGAUACCGCAAGGCGCUCACCGAAAAGGUCUCGAGCGCACGGGGCAACGCGCUGUCGAUGGCCGCGCCGCUGACCGACGAGACGAGCUCGGCGCUGAGCAAGGCCGACGCCGACAAGGCCGCGGCCGCGGCGCAGCAAAAGGAGGCGCCCAACCAGAUCCUCGGCCUCACCAAGGCGUUCCUCGGCCUCGGCAGGCUCGACCACGCCCUCUUCAUCCUUACGCGCUAUCCGUGGCUCUGCGGCGCGUACCCAGAGGUGGCCGACGCCUACAUCCGCCUGCUCAAGGUCUCGAUCUCGCCCGCCUACGACGAGAUCUCCUCCGAGGACAUCCUCGAGUGCUUUGUGCCGCUGCUCAAGGUGCUCGGCGUCCACCUGUGGCGCGACGCGGGCCUGCUGCAGAAGCUGUGCCGGCUGACCAAGGUGGGCCUCAAGCUGGCCAACCAGGCCGGCGACGAGCCCAAGCGCGACGCCUGGCUCGACGUUCUGCGCUACCACCUCCUCCCCGCGCUGUCGCUCUCGCCGUCGAACCUGGGCCUGGUGGGCGAGGUGUGGAUGGUGGUGCGCACACUGCCGUACCAGGACCGCUUCGGCCUCUACGGACAGUGGAAAAACGACCUCUACCGCAUCCCCGAGCUGCGCGCCGUCCAGGCCGAGACGGAAAAGGAGGCAAAGGGCAUCCUGAAGCGCAUCAGCAAGGACAACGUCAAGCUGUCCGGCCGCAACCUGGCCAAGGCGUCGCACUCGAACCCCACCGUCUUCUUCACCGUCGCCCUCAACCAGGUCCAGGCCUAUGACAACCUCAUCAGCCCGCUCGUCGAGUCGGCCAAGUACCUCUCGCACUGGGAGUACGACAUCUUCUCCUACAACCUGGUCGACGCCCUGAGCAACCCGGAAAAGGAGCGCACCAAGCAGGACGGCACCAACAUCAGCCUGUGGCUCAAGAGCCUGGCGUCGUUUUGCGGCACCCUGUACAAGCGGUACGCCAUGAUGGACUGCACGCCCGUGCUCCAGUACCUCGUCAACCAGCUCAAGGCCAACAACUCAAAGGACCUCGUCAUCGUCACGGAGCUCAUCAAAAAGAUGUCGGGCAUCGAGCCGCUGGCCAACCUCGACGACGCCCAGGUGGCCGCCCUCACCGGCGGGCCCCACCUGCGCAUGGAGGCCAUGAUGUCGGCGCAGGCCGCCAGCGGAAGCAAGGAGCGCCUCUACCUCCGGCGCUGCGGCAUGCGCCUCAUGUCGACGCUCACCGGCAGCCGGCUGGCGGUGCCGCUGCUGAUCCUCAUUGCGCAGCAGCGCCAGGCGGGCAUCCACCUCGUGCCCGAGAGCGAGGCCCACCUCAAGUACCUCGGUAAUCUGUACGACUCGAGCCAGGAGGUGCUGCUCCAGUUUGUCGAGUUCCUCAACGACCAGCUCGAGCCGUCAGAGUACACCGCGUUGGUCCCUCCGCUGCGCUCCCUCUGCCGCCGAUUUGGCAUCGAGCCCGCCAUGGGCUUCCACAUCUCGCGCCCGGCUCUCAACCACAGCAUCAAGCUCGUCGACGCAGCCGAGGCGGAAAAGCGCCUGCGCGCCGAGCUGACGGCCAGCAAGAACAAGGCGGCAGCCGCCAAGGCCUCGACGCCGGAACAGGCGGCCGCCCCACCCAAGGCCGAGGAUGGGAUUGAGGGGUCCGUGGACGCCGCAGGCGACGCAACGACCGGCGCCGAAAAGGAGCCGCAGCAGCCGGCUAGCGACGACGUGGUCAUGGAAGACGCAGGCAAGGUCGAUGGCGGUGCUGCCAACGCUGACGCUACCAACCCGGGACCCACGUCAACGGCAGGCAUCGAGGACGCGAGCGAGAGCGUCAAGGGGCCCUGGCAUCCCGGCCUGGCCGACGCGAUCGAGACGGCCAAGGAGAUGCUGCCGGAAGAGGCCCAGAGCGGCCUCGGCGUCCACUUCUACGUCACCUUCUGGCAGCUUAGCCCGUCGAGCAUCAGCGUGCCGACGGAGCGCUACCACCAGGAGACGAUGCGGCUCAACCAGCUGGCGCGGCAGGCUCCCGAGGAUCAGCGCAAGCGCCUCGCCGACACUGUGGCGCAGCUCAAUGCAGAGCUCAAGGAGCAGAUGAAGGCGCACGAGGUGACGCGCAAGCGGCUGGUGGCGGAAAAGGACCACUGGUUCUCGGACCGCGCCGAGCGCGGCAGCGUCGCCGCGCAGAUGAUCCAGCACUGCCUCUUCCCGCGCGCCCUCCUCUCGGCCACAGACGCCAUCUUCGCCGGCCGGUUCAUCAAGUCGAUGCACGGCCUCGGCACCCGCAACUUUUCUAGCCUCACCGUGUACGACAAGGUGUUUGUCGAGCACGUCACCGCCACCGUCUUCUCGUCGACCGAGAACGAGGCGCGCAACUACGCCCGCUUCCUGCACACGGUGCUCUCGGACCUCAGCCCCUGGCACAAGAGCGCGGACCGCUACCGCAAGGAGGUGGUGGGCAACCGGCUGCCGGGCUUCCAGAUGCGCUGGGAGGACCGGCACGGCGGCGAAGAGAUCCCGAGCGCCGCCAUGAUGAGCUGGGAGCAGUUCCGCCAGAUCUACUGCAAGUGGCAGGACAUGCUCCAGGCGGCCUUCCGCGCUUGCCUCACCUCGAAGGAGUACAUGCGGAUCCGCAACGCCAUCGUCGUCAUGACGCAGAUCUCGCCCUUCUACCCGCUCCUCGACUCGCAGGGCAAUGAGAUGCUCGCCAUCGUCGAGAAGCUCGGCGCCCCGGAGCAACGGGUCGACCUCAAGACGCUGGCGCUCGGCCUCCUCGCCACACUUCGUGGGCGUAAGAAGGACUGGUUGCCCGUCCACAAGGCUCGCAAGGUGCAGAACCCGCCGACGAGCCAGCCCGCAGCAUCUGGCAAGCCUCAGCCUCAGUCCCAGCCCACGGCGACGGCAAGUGGGCCACCUUCUGCAUCCACGGCCAAAAAGGAGCCGACCCCUGCCUCGGCAUCUCGGGAUGGGACGGCACCCGCACCAGCAGCGCCACCGUCGUCUGAACGUGGAAGUUCCAGAUCUGCACCCGAGUCCAACCUCGCCCUACCGACCAAGCCUGGGCUCCAGAGAAGUCCUCUCAGUCAAGAAGUCGUCAACGGCAGGAACGGACAGCCUGCGACGGCGACAACCAGGCAGGACCAGAAGCCGGCUCCGGGGGCAGGUGGACGCAGCGCUGCCGACGACCGAAGGACGACGGCCACGGCCGACAAGUCGACGCCGUCAGCUCCGGCAAGAGCGUCCAAUGGCGACCGCGAUCGCGGUCGCGACUCGGGCACAUCGACGCCGGUGCGCCAGGCACCUGCAAUGCGCGACGCCAUCGAGAGCUCGCGCGGAGGAGGUCGCAGCUCGCCCCUACCGGCGCAAGAGCGGCGCAAUGGCGCUCCCGCCGCCGCCGCCGCCACCGCCGAUGCAGCCGGAACAGGCGCCGACCGUGGUGCCGUCGCGCCGACGAGUGGUGACGUCCGCAGCAACGACGGAUCCACUCGCGAAAUCCGGGGCGCCGCCUCAGCGGCACGGCAGGCUGCGCUCGACAGCAUGAACCCACCAAGGAGUCCUGCCUCGACGCCAAGCGCCCAGGCAGCGCGCGACCGUGGCGCGGCCGCCGCUGCCGCUGGAGGUCGAGAAACCACUCGAGGGCGUGAACCGGUCGGUGUCUCAGACGAUCGACGCACCACAUCCGCUCGCUCGCUCGAUGGCGCCGCCACCAACGGCAAUCGCUCGACGCAGCCGUCUCCCCGACACUCGGCCGCGCCCUCGAGGAACGUGUCGCCGAGCGCUGGUGCUGGCGCCGCACGUCUAGGCUCCAGCCGUGCCGGCAGCGUCGAGUCCACUCACUCGCAUCCCCGCUCAGCCACUGGCUCAGCGCGCGAACGGGAACGUGGUGAUCGCGACUAUCGAGACCGCGACAGAGACAGGGAACGCGGCGAUGCCACUGCCUCUGUCGCCUCUACUGCUGCCGCUGCUGUCACAGAGAGUCGCAGAGAGCGUGACCGCGAGCGCGACAAGGAGCGCGACAGGGAACGCGACCGCGACCGCGGCGAUCGUCGGGAUCGAGACCGGGAGCGAGACAAGUCGGACCACCGCCCUCGUGACCGGGAGCGCGAGCGCGAGCGGGACCGGGACAAGGAUCGAGAGCGAGAGCACGGCCGCGAGACUCGCGAUCGAGAACGAGAGAGGUCCGGCGUAGGAGGUGGCAGCGGGCCCGGCAGCAGUAGCGGCAAGGCCGGCCGAGAUCGCGACGAUCGCGGCGAGAAGCGCGACCGCACCGAGCGUCGCCGUGGCGCCGAGACCGCUUUCACUUCUACCGGCGAUCGUGAUCGCGACCGUGACCGCGACCGCGAGCGGGAGAGGGACCGCGCUGAUGGCCGACGGGGCGGGGGAUCCGGCGCCGCUGCUCCAGAAGAGGCAGCCGUUGCCCCUGCUCCUCCCGUCGCGCCUUCGACACCUCUUGGGCCACGCGACCGCGGCGGACGCGGGCGUGGCGGUGAUGCAGCCGAGGCUGGCGGCAAGCGCAAGCGUGGCGGGGACCGGGACGAGGGACCCGACCGGCGCGAUCCGCCCGCUGCUUCUGGGGCACCGCAAGCUGGUGCCGGUACUCCGCCGGAACCCCUGGGCGAGAGCGGCAACAAGCGGGUCAAGAUCAACCGUACCGCCAACGGAGACGUCGGCGUCUCUCGAGUCCAAGGCCAGGGCCGGAUGGGAGGCUGCGUCUGCGUCGAACUCGGCUGCCGCACCGCCGCCACAGCAGCAGCAGCAGCAGCAGCGUGCUCCAAGUAG